AUGACUCAUUCACCCUGCAAAUCAAGCAGCAGCCAACAAGAAGCCUUGGAGAUAUCAGCCGGAACCGCCAUUUUAUCCCGUAUUCCGGAAUUUUGGAGGGACCAACCCAGAUUAUGGUUUAAGCAACUAGAAGCCAUAGUAGCACCACAGAAGCAAGGAGACGAUUACAAGUACUAUACGGUCAUUGCAAAACUGCCAAAAGAAGAAAUAAUACAGGUUAGUGACCUCAUUACUUGCCCACCGCCAAUAGAAAAGUACAAGGCUAUCAAAGAACGCCUAAUCAGUUGCUAUGAGGAAUCAGACCAACGUCAGCUCCAAAAAUUAUUGUCUGAAAUGGAUCUCGGCGACCAGAAACCAUCACAUCUUCUGCGCAAGAUGCGGACCCUGAGUAACGGAAAUAUCAGCGACGAAACCAUCAAACUUCUAUGGUUGAGGCUUCUGCCACCAUCAGUGACUUCGGUUCUAGCAGUCACAGAAGACAUAGAUGUGAACAAGAUGAGCCAGAUCGCGGACAAGAUAUUAAUAAAUUCAACACGUACAGAGGUGUCAGCUGUAAACGGAAACAAAUCUGGCGACGAUACAAUGUCAUGCAUACUAGCACAGUUAGCAGAAAUGCAAUUGGAACUAAAUGCAAUUCAGCAAGGUAAAAGUCACUUUUUACCUGUGCAGAUAAAUGUUAUGGUUAUUUCGACGUGUGACGUCAUCCGCCAUCGGCCACCAGUCAACGCGGACAUAACCCUACGGGGUGUAUUGCGCGGUGUGCGCGCGCGCCGGGGAGUGGCAUGCGCAGGGGGGGAGCGCGGGGCUCGCCCCGCUAGCGACAUGCGCGCACGCGACGCCGCGCACCUUGCCCUGCUGCUGCUGGCGCAUCUAGUACCGCCAGGUGAGUUCUUCACUACAUAA